UGUGACCAGGGGCGGACUGACCAUUUGGAAACUCGGGCAGUGCCCGAGGGCCCGGGGUCAGUAGGGGGCCCCAUGAGAUGCCCCUGGUACCUUUUUCAUAGGCUUUUUUGAGUUUGGCAAGGACACAGGGGCCCCAUGAUCCCCUAUUGCCCGGGGGCCCCAUGAGUUGUCAGUCCGCCCCUGGCUGUGACUCAAAGUCCUGUGGCACAUCUUUGUAUGCACAGAAUUUGGGAGGGAGGUGGGAAGUCAAUAAUACAGAAUACGAUGGU